AUGAUUGAGGCUCGAAGCACAGAGUUCAGGAACACCCAUCGUAUUCUACUUAUUGGGACGGGUGAGUCGGGAAAGUCAACAUUUGUGAAGCAGCUGAAAUUGUUGAGCUCACCCAAACAGACUUUUACAGAGGACUACCGAGUUCGGUUCAUUCCAGAAAUUCAACGAAACGUUUUACAGUCUUUGAGCAACAUUGUCAACUUCAUGAUUCUGGAAGACAUUCCAUUUGGAAAAAAUAAAAAGAAACUGGAGGCUGCGAAGAAGGUCAUUAUUAAAGCCUACGCAGAAGUCCACGUUAAUCCGGACAAUAUUAACGACUACACCAAUAAUCCAGAUACGGCGAAGAGGGAGGACUUCUACGACCAAUGUGCCUUGCUUUGGGAUGAUGAGGCUGUUAAGGAAACUCAACUACGCGGAAACGAAUUCCAACAAAUCGAUUGUGCCCAGUACUUUCUAGACAAACUGGGAACCAUCAGAGCGACAGGAUAUAUGCCUACAGACGAGGACAUUCUCCAGUGCCGUACCAAGACCCUGGGGAUCCACACCGAGUCCAUUCUCUAUAACAAUGUACCCUUCGAGCUGGUCGACGUAGGAGGUCAACGAGAACAGAGGGCGAAGUGGAUAGAAGCCAUGACCGACGGUGUAACGGCAGUCAUCUUCCUAACCGACGUAUCCGCCUAUGAUAGGAUGUUGGAGGAAGAUAAUACAGUAAACCGGCUGCGCGAAUCCUAUCAUCUCUUUGGACAGGUGUGGACCAAGAGCCUCCUUAGGGAGAAAUCCUUCAUUCUCUUUCUUAACAAACAGGACAAACUCUCCGAUAAAAUUCGGUCGGACAGAAACCCUAUCUCGGAUUUUUUUCCCGAGUAUGAGGAGCAAAAGUGCAACUUCACAGUAGAGCUACUGUCUGAACUCAAGGCCUUGAGAGAGAAGAAGGCCAAGAAUGAAAAUGAACUGUGGGACAAGCACUUUUCGUAUUUUUUACCUCCAAAAGACGAUGGCGCAAACUGGAAAGACAACGACGACGGCAAAACUACCAUUGAUACUCAAGUUAUGGCUGAAUAUGGCCAAAUACAAAGCAUCAUCUCAAAAACAGUGAAUGAGGGCGUCCUCAACAAUUGGGUUCUCACCGGUGAAGAUCAGGAUGCGGUGAUCAAGAACCUACUGGAGAGGGACGAUUUUCAGAACUUGAAUGAAAGACUCUUUGCCGUGCCACUCUACCGCAUAGUGUCUACUACACAUUUUAUCAAAAUGCUUUUCCUUAACGAAUGCGAGCAAAGCAAAACGCGGAGAAUCUAUCCUUACCCCACUACUGCCAUCGACAAGCGUAACGUCGACCGCGUGUUCGAGUCCUGCAAGGAGAUUCUCCAGGGCAAGGCGCUGACUGAAAUAAUGAUUUGA